AUGCUGAAGAAGCCACAGAAGCUGAAGAAGCCACAGAAGCUGAAGAAGCCACAGAAGCUGAAGAAGCCACAGAAGCCACAGAAGCCACAGAAUCUGAAGAAGUCACAGAAGCUAAAGAACCCACAGAAGUCACAGAAGCUAAAGAAGCCACAGAAGCCACAGAAGCUGAAGAAGCCACAGAAGCCACAGAAGCUAAAGAAGCCACAGAAGCUAAAGAAGCUACAGAAGCUACAGAAGCUACAGAAGCUACAGAAUCUACAGAAGCUACAGAAGCCACAGAAGCUAAAGAAGCUACAGAAGCUACAGAAGCUACAGUACAGAAGCUACAGAAGCCACAGAAGCUGA